AUAUCUUGCAGUUUUUCUGUAAAAUUAACCGUUUUCGGAUUAAAGCGCUGAGAAUUAUUUGCAAAAAACUGUUUUAGUGACCUUUGUAACUUUUUUAACGGGCGCGAUAUCGAUGUUGAUUUUUCACAUCUUCAUAAUAGCACCGUAAUAAAAAUGUAUACAAAAAUUCAGCUCAGUGGAAAUUUCUCCCCAGAUAAAACCUAAUAUUACUGGACUAUAUUAAUAGAGCGCAAAUAAAUCCAUUUUUACAUCCUCUCUGAUUACUCGUAUUAAACAUACCUCCCCUAUUAGCUUAGUCAGUUUUAAGUUUGAAUUGUUAGCACUCGUGCCCAAAUUCAGUGGACAUGGCAGAUUUACCCGAACAAGUGACAGUCGCAAGAGGAAGUGAGGAGACUAAGAGAAGUACAGUCAUGGUUGAUUGUCAACCGGUGGCAGAGAGCGAUGAAUGCUGUUCCUUGAUUUCCCUCAAGACGGGAUGUCUAAUUUUUGCUUAUUUUUAUUUGGGUUACGUCUUAUUCAACUUGACCUUAUCAGCUUCCAUACUAUUCACCGACGUUGACACUUCGUCAAAAGUUUCUGACUUGCUCUGUGUCGCAUCUAUUAGAGAAUUGGUGCUGGAUCCAAUACCGGUGGUUAUUCACCUGUUUACGUUGCCAUUUUGCGUGCUUCUCCUCUUUGGACUACAUAAGGAAAAAUCAACCCACAUAGAAAUUUUCAUGUUCUUCCAGCUAGUAUGCGGAACUUUAACAGUACUUCAUCGUAUUAUUGCACUGUCUUAUGCCAACAACGGCCAUGCUACGUGGAUUACAGUUAUGUUGGCCUACAUUGCAUGGAACAUAUUUUUUAUUUUCGUGUUGAGGAACCAGGUGGUCCAGAUGCGCGGAGCCCCUCCAACCUGCCGCCUCGGCCAAGCGUGUACAGCCGAGAGCAUUGUUCCUGAUAAAGUCAUCAGAUCUAAAAACACUUCAGAACUAGCCUUGCCUCACUAUGAGCCGAGGCUAGUUCUGCAGCAAUGCUGUUUCUGCUGCAUCCCACUGAGGACUGGGAGCCUUAUCCUCGCCUACUUGUAUCUGAUCGGUAUUAUCGUGAACUGUGGUAUGACGGCUGCCACAAUGAUUACUUUUACGUCUUAUUUGGCUAUUUCUUCGUCGGAACUUAAGCUGAUCUUUAUCAAAAUUAUAAUAAUACUUGCCUUUACUUUGGUCAUAAACCUUGUCGCUUUACCGUUUAAUAUAUAUCUUCUCGUAGGACUACAUAAGGAGCGACAACGGUACGUCAGAAUCUACAUAAUCUUCCAAAUAGUAUUCUCUGUACUGACUGUACUUCGUCAAAUUGUUGCAGUUUCUAUGUCCUCAAACAUUCAUAUUUAUGGGAUAUUACAAUUGGUGGGCCAUCUUGUGACCAACGUGUACUACCUCCUCGUUCUGAGGAGUCAUUACCUGAAGAUGGCGAUCGGCACCGACCAGCCUGCAGUUUCCUUCCGUGACGAUCAAUUGGCUAUUGCUCAAAAAGAGCAAACGCAAGCAGAAUGUAUUGUCGAGUCAUAAUUGGAUAUUUAACAAUUGUAACGAUAAAAAUAUUAAAUAAUA